CCCCGCCAUUGAAAGACAACUGAUCAAAACCUAGACGCUAUAAAGUUCACCUUUGAUGGAGCUCAACUUCCAGCGCUUGUGGUGAAAAUCGACCUCACACAGGAGAUAAUCUCCUUGGGAAAUGUCCACAGAAGCAAGUGCGACAAGAAGACGUGGAAAAGAAGGCUUAACUGCGAAUGGAUCGAGCGAAGAUCUCUUUGAUGGUCUGAAGGUAAAGUUGGUGUCAAGAUUGGUGUCUUGGAUUCUGCAAUGUUUUUUGCUAGCUGAUUGUGAGGCUGUCAAACUACCUCUACCUAACCUUUUCUUGAUAGCAUUAUUUGCUCGAGUUUCUUCUUUGUAUUACUGCGUGGGCUGUAAGAUUCACCAGAUCAGGCGAUCGAUGUUAUGUUUCCAGCAAUCAUAUACUAAACUAUUUCUCAUUCGGCACAAAUCGUGCUGUGGUCAGCAUUUUAACUUUUAUUCGAGCAUUGGCGUUUAAUUACUACCACCGCUUAUUUUUGCAAAAUCUUGCGGUGUUGCUGCUUUUUUCAUUCCCGCAGAAAUGCAAAUUUACUGCAAAAGACGUUGUUGAUUCUCAAGCAUUCUCCACAAUGUUUUGCUACGUUCAAUGGUCGACCAGUAUUUUUCGGAUCACGCGAGGCUACCGUAUUACAAAUCUUAUUAUGCCAAACUGUCAAUUAAAUAAAACAUUGUCAUAUCGUAAGGAUAUUUUUAGUGUCUCUAUAAAAUAUUGUUGAUUCCGUUCUUACGGCACUGCAAAACUGCACUUUGAUCAUAAUCGCGAAUCUUAUGAUAUGCAGAUUGGUCAUAUUUUUCAAACAACCAACGUUUCUAUUGGUCGGGCGCCUUUGUUUACUUACGUUUUCUUAGAAUUGUCUUUUGUUUCAACCGAAUCUCAUAUUAAGUUUUCAUUUUUUGACAGCUAAUAUUCGAUGUUUACUUUCAUCGUGAAGAGGAGCGUGGUUGACGAUAGUUUCUUGUUAUUAAAAGCUUCAAAAACGAAAAUGAUGUGCCUGUUCUUAUUUCACAGGUGCUCUCAUUGAUUUACAAAUACAGCAAAAUUAAAUCAACUGCAAGGCAAAAGUGUACUAAGUCAAGUUUAUAAUUGCCUGCAACCUUUAAAAAAAAAUUUUUUUUUGGUGAAGGAAAUGAAAUCAGCCUCUCUACUUCUCAGUUUUCUUUAUAUCAUUGUAUCAUCAUAUCAAGCAAAAUAUAUUUUUAUUCAUGAGGAUGUGCACACAGGAAGAGAUGGAAAGAGGAAAAUUUUUUUUUUAUUGGAGACCAUAUGGUAUGCAAAUAUUCCAACAGUUGUUUAAGGAGAGUUUUUGUGUCUGAAAAGGAUAGCAGUGACAGUAGAAAUGGCAGUGUUUGUUGGUGAUUUCUGAUGCAGGUAUACAUAAAUGAGAAACAAAACUUUGAAAUAGCUGUUAGGUUUUGAAAAGCUUGUUUAACAAUGCAAAAUAUCUGUUGUUUUCCAUCCAAAGGCUUCUACAUUCAGUAUCUUUUAUAAACAGUAGAUUUUUUUCUGACUUAAGAUCCUGAAUUGUUGAAAAUUAUUUUUGUGAGUUACACAAAAUUUGAACUUUCUCUUUGAUGAAUUUUGCUUUUAUGAGAAGAUUUAAAUAACAGUCAGGUAAUGUAGAAUUAAUUCUCUGAAUAUUUUUCUGAGCUUCUUUAUUCCUGGAGGAAACCUCUGGAAGUAUGUCUUUGAAAGUAAGGCAGAGGCAAGAAUAUUCCAACUAGAUAAGGAUCAUUUUCACACAAACAAAUAUUAGAACUAUAUCACUAAGAAAGCCUCUAUAAUUCUUCUCUUGUGAGAAUGAUAUAAUGGCAAGAUAGCAAUUUAUGUAUACAUGUAUAACAUCAGUAGACCUAGAAUUCAACAUGUAGGGAACUUUCCCUCUUUCUUUUGUUAUUUGCAGAAAGAGGAAAACAGAAAUCAAGAGGAACAGGUCAAUAAUUCUAUUUUUCUAGAAUUCUACUUAUGUAAGCACACUGUCCUAAGCCUCAACUUGAUUAAUGUUCACCAUUUGGUGCACUAAAAAUAUAAAGUGAUUACACAAAAUUAUUUAUUCAUUCUUAAAAGAAAAUGACAAACAGGAGAAAAUAGAUGAGGCACAGGACAAAUUUUCACCUUGCCAACUGGCUUUGUCAUUGGUAAAAGUGGCUGUCCAACUAUCACAGUCAAAUAUGAGUUGUGCUUAUUGUCUUAAGGCUUCACACUCUGUGAGACUUAAUGGAAAGGGAUAAGUUAUAUAUGAUAAACUAGGUCUUAAAAGAUUUUCUUGCAAAAUUAGUGCAGUAAGUAACAAAGUAAUGUUGUGAAAUUUGUGGCUUUCACCGCAAUUUUAUCUGGAGAAAUUAUACAGAGUCGCUUGGAGUGCAGCUAUUUGCACAUAACUGUUACCAGAUCUAAAAUUCCCUUUAUGACAAAUUAAAGAUUUAGUUAUGUUUUGUUUUGAUAGGAAAUACUGCCCUCAGAAGAUAAAAGAGAAACUUACUCAGACUCAGCUCCUGUAGAACAACCAAGCAUGUUAGCAAGCUUGAAUCCACGGUGAGCUGCUCUCUAUGUAUGUCUUCCUAGUGUAUGUAUUGAUUAUUGAAAGUAUAUGGGACAAAUCAUACAGAUGAAUGUUUGUCUGCAGUGAGUGUAAGAACUAGCAUUGUAAGGUGCUCUCUCCGUAUAUGUCUUUGUAGUUUACGUAUUGCUUAUCAAGAAGUAUACACAACACAUCUUACAGACAAAUGUUUGUUAGAGUGAGUGUAAGAACUAGCAGUGUAAGGUGCUCUCUAUAGAUAUGUCACUGUAAUUUAUGUUUUGCUUAUCAAGAAAUAUACAGAACACAUCUUACAGACAAAUGUUUGUUGCAGUUAGUGUAAGAACUGGCAGUCAGCAAGCUUGGCUAGUUAUUUUACAAGGUUUUGCUGGCUUUUUUGGUCUUAAACUCUUUCUACUGUGGAGAAGGCAACCCAGAUGAACUGUUAAAGGUGGAAAAAACAAGCAUCAGUGACUUUGCUUGAGUUAAAACUUCAUAAUGUUUAUGUAGUUGGAAACAGACUGAAUACUAGAUAACAUAGCCAUAGAUCAAAGUGACCUCUUAAACUUGGGACAAAGUUGAGGGAAAGUCCUUGAAAAUACCCCUUUGUGACCGAAAAAUAGGUUCAGCACUAGGACUCCCCCUUAAAACAUUCGAUGCUUGGAGGGGAGGGGGAAUAAGGGCAGAAUUCAUGAGCCACAUAAUUUUCAUGUUGCUUUGUUCAACUGAAGUAAUUUUCAGUAAGUUGCUUAUAGCAUCUAAAUCUCUAACCUACUUUCCAAAGAAGAUUUGUUCGUCACAAGGGAAAAACAUCAGUUAGAUUUUUCAUCUACAUGUAAGUAUACAGUGGUGCUUUGUUUUGUCUUAAAGAGCAGUUAACAUUGUUUUCUUGUCUUCCAGAUGGAGGAACUGGUGGAUCAGAGGAAUGUUCUCUUUGGUGAUGAUUGGAGGUUUCUCUGUUAUAGUUUACUUAGGUCCUUUUGCUUUAAUCCUGUUGGUAAGUUUUUAAGAACUCUGUUUUCACAUACAUUGUAAACAAAAAGAAAAGUGUGAGAGAAAGGGUGGAUAUCUGCAAUGUGCAGAAUGAAAAGGCAUCAUGUGGAUAUGGUUUUUAGUUUAUACAAUCAUGUCAGGAGAUUCUGUGGUGUAUUGGUUGGCAUGUUGUACUCCAGGUCCCUGGUUUUCCAAGAGUGGAUAAUGGUAUUCACUCCAUCCAUCAGACAGCACAGUGCAAUUUGUUACCUUUUAUUGUCUGGAUAGUGACUUACCUGUUGGCCAACAUUGUUUGUCCUUUGGAGAACUGUUACCAGAUCACAUUUUACACCAAUCAUGGUUACUGUCGUGUGUUCUUGGGCAAGAUGCUUUAAAAUACACUUAGGAUGCUUCUCUCCUCCAAGGGGUUUUAUCAGGUACCAGCAAACUGUAAUGGAAAGUAAUUUGACACCCCCUCAAAGCUCAGUCCUCAAUUCUCGAAAACUUAAGGGAGUGAGGCUUCGAGUUUCAAGACAUUUGAGUCAAGUUUUGAGACACUCAAAAUAAUAACAAAAUGCUGGGGGGUGGUAACAUGCCACUGUUUAGUAUACCCUGUAGGGAAGGGGAGAGAAGCAAUGUUCCCUUACACUUUCUGUCAAUGAAAGCUAGAUGAGUUCUGGCCAUCAGGGGCAAACAGUUCUAUGACACUUAACCCCUGAGGUGGACAACUAUUCUCUAGAAGACAACUAUUCUACUGCUCCUUUCAUUUUGCAGAUCCAGUGUAUUCAAAUCAAGUGUUACCAUGAGAUCAUCUCUAUUGGACACAAGAAAUAUGAAAAAUACAACCUUCCAUGGUUCAGAUCCCUAAGUUGGUAGGAUGAUUUGCAGUUUACAGAUUGUGUUGUAGGAACUAGUAUACAGUGACAGAUUGAUCCUACAGUGUACUGAUCCUCUCAUUAUCCAUUCCAGAUGGAAAUUUUCAGGAGCUGAAAGUAAUUUUGUCAUGUUUUUCAUUUUUUUAACAGGUAUUUUCUUGGAUGUGCAAACUUUUUCUUUUAUGGCGAGAGCAUAACAGAUUAUUUUAAUGGUAAUCCAGACCCACAAGUGGAUGAUGCAUCAGAGGUAAGUGUUACACCUUAAAUGUUACUUAUUUUCAGAUUUAUUUUAGCCUGUAAAAGUUAUAUUUACCACAAUGAAUCAUCAACCAUUUCUAUUGUUUCUUUUUCUUUUUCUUUUUCUUUUUUUCAUUUUUUGUUUUGUUUGGUCAUUUUUAAUUUUUUUUUUUUUUUGCAGGAAGUGGUGAAAACAUACAUAACCUAUCACAGGUUGUUUUCGUAUUCACUUUACUUAAUUGGUGAGUACCAUUAAAGAAGUAAUAGCACAUUAUCACAUUAUUCUGUGUAAACUGUAGUGUUUAACAAGGAAUUCCAAAUCUAAAAAAGCUGUAACCAUGCACUUGUAAAAUAAUGAAAUUUUUUUGUGUGUUUGAUAUUGCCAAUUAGCUUCUGACACAUCACUAGCCCUUCGCACCACUCUGCUUGGUUGCUAAAUGAGUGGCAAAGCAUCCACAAUUCUCAAUUCAAAGUCAUUUGUUGAAUUUUCUUGUCAAAAGGGGCCAGUGGUGUUUAUAUAAUAAACAAAACAAUCUAUGAAUACUUGUACUUAAAGAAUUUCUAUCCUCAUGUUCAACUCGAUUUCUCACUUGUUUGCUGCAAGCACACCUGGGGGUAUCAAGUUGAAUGCUCAAAGAGAAAUUCUAUAUCCAUGCAGACAUGUGUAUUAUUCCCUAUGUACAUGUAUGAGCCAAAAGAUACUGAUUUUUUUGGUGGAACUCCUGUCAGACAGCACAGUAAAGCAGUUGAACAAAAAUGAUUAUAAGGUUGCAGAUUAGUUUUGUGUACUAUACUGGCAGACAUAGCUCUUACUAAUGGAUUUUGAGGUCCAUAGGUUGUAAGUUACAGACCAAGUUUUUCCACUUGGGUUUGAAUGUGCCACAAAUCCUAGUGGAAAACAUAAGGCUCCAUAAUUACAUCUCUGGGUCCAAAUAGAGGGGAAAUAUUUCAGUUCAAACAAACUAUUGAUUUUAGGAGGCUGUGCAAUGAAAUACUGCAUGCUAAAUUGACCAAUCAUAGCACUUGUACUAACUAAGAGAUAUGAUAAAUUGCUUUACACUGUCAGCCUAUAUUUCUUAGGUGCUGUCAAGAUUACAAAUGUGCUUCAAACCUAACACUUGUGCAUAAAAUAAUAUGAAGUCACUGAUACAUUAAAUAUGCCAAAAAAUGAUUGAUCAAGUUUUGUUUCCUUGCAGGUUUCAUUUUAUUUGUGUUAAAUUUAAAAAAGGAACACUACAAAGUGCAAUUUUCACUGGUAAUUAUGUUUGUAAUUAUUUUUUGUGAUUUCUAUGAAAUUGAAUGUACAUGUAGUAUUUCUAUCCAAAGUUUCAAGAAGAAAAAUCAUGUAGGCUUUGUUGUGUGUGUUUUUUUUUGAGAGAGUAUAUGUAAAAAAACCAGCAGAGCCUUUUCACUUAGAUUUCCAAAGAUAGAUUGAAACAAGCACUGCAUGCAAACAUUGUUGAGUGUACAAGAAGUAUUCUGAAUAAUGUUGAACUGUUUUGGUGAAACAGAAACAAAAGAAAGACAGUGCUUUUUCUAUCAAUGAAGACAGAACAUUUUUGUGUAAUCUGUUAGUCUGAUUGAAAGAUGCAUUGAGUUCUAAUGCAAAUAGUGAAUUGUCCUCUUUGCUUUUAGUUUGGCUGGACCCAUGUGACUUUGCUGAUUGUUGUCACCCAAUCACACCUCAUUAUGCAAACCUUGUUUGAAGGACUCAUUUGGUGAGUAAAUUAUUGGCUUGGGAUGAUGUAUAUUACUUUUAACCCUUUAACUCCCAGAAGUGAUGAACAUGUAACUUCUCCCUAUAAUAUCCUUACGUCCCCAGCAAAAAGGUUAUGAGAAUACUCAAACUUGUCAAUUAGAAGUCAAUAUCUUGAUCUAACACCAAGUUCUCAUAUCUGGAGUACUAGGAAAUUUGUAGCAGCUAUAGGGGAGAAUUGAAAAUCCCAUUUCGUAGGCAUGGUAAGGUUAAUUACUAUUUUUCUCUCUGCUGUGUUUGAAGGUUCUUUUUACCUGUCAGCAUGGUGAUUUGCAAUGACAUCUUUGCAUAUAUUUUUGGUAAGUUGCUGGUUGUGCUUAACAUCUUUUGCCUACCUUUCCCUUCUGUUUGUACAUCCUUUAGGAAUGCCUUGCCAUGUUUCUUUGUUUCAUGAAGUCAAGUUUGCACUUUGAAAUUUGAUUAGCUUUAAAUUUUUAGACUCUGAAAAACAGAAUCUGAUAAUGAAAGAUUUAGGAAAACCUUUCAUAAUAAAAAGUAGUGAGGUUAAAACAUGAUGUUUCGAGAGCAAGAGACCAACUCUGAACAUUCCAAAAGACUCCAUUCCAGCAAAACUGUUCAUUUAUUUAUGUACAUUCUUUUGUUUUACUCCAUCUCAUUUUAUUCUAAUUUAGUUUCACACUUUCCUUUCUUUAUAUAAUCUCACUGAACUUAAUAUAAUUUUACAUUUGAUUAUGGUGACACCUUGUUGCUGAAAACAGAAUCAUUCUCACUUAGCUGGCAAUUAGGGUGUCACUAAAUUUUUUUAAGUGCCAGAGCAUCCCUAACGUUUGUUGUGCACCUAAUAAUGGUAACAUUGCUUCUUUUUAUGUAUGCGAUCAUCAAAAUAGGAUUCUUUUUUGGCCGAACUCCUCUUAUCAAGGUAUGUUGUUUCUUCCAGUCUUUUAUGUAGUACAAUUACCAAUAAUAAACUACUUAUAGUUUACUGGUAUAUAAUUUUAUACUAGUUCAAUGUGGUUUAAAAUUUGAGCACAGAAGCCCAUAUACUUGCAUAGUUCUUGUGACUGGUUUCUUUACACCACCAUGGCAGUAUUUUUAUCACCAAAGUGUAGGUAUGCCCCCACAAACCAGGCCUUCUAAUCUGGCAAAAAUGAUUUCUUGUAAGGAGCUGGUCAUAUGUAUGCUGUGGAAGCAAGCUGUUUGAUGAGUGCAAUUAUCUUUAGGGAUUCACAUUCUCUUUAUGUCAAUCUAUACCCAGCACUAAAUUUCACUGAGUACAUACAUCCUGUACUCCAUCAUACAUUUUCAAGUGAUUCAUUAGUGAUUAACUUUAAACUACACAUUUCUUUUCAGCUAUCACCUAAGAAAACAUGGGAAGGUUUCAUUGGUGGAGGAGUGACAACAGUGAUAUAUGGAUGGCUUGUAAGUAAUUUUGCUGCAUGCUAGUUUAAGGGCAAUCCAUGACAAAGUAGAUUGGUUGACACUCUGCCAUUGAGAUUGCAAUGUUCUAGAAGAGCAAACCAGUGUCAUUACCAAUACAUUUACUUUCCCCUCUGUGUCCCUGUACAAUGUUUUCACUUCAUUUUCUGUGAUUGUGAAACAGUGUUGGAUGUCAUUUGUUUUAUUUUCUCCUUAGAUCUCUUAUUUCAUGUGUCAGUAUCAGUAUUUCAUCUGCCCUGUGGUGGUAAGUUAAGAAAAUAAAGGUCCAGAUUUAUGAAUUUUUAACUUUAUGAUAACUGCAUUGGUAAAGUUGGUAAACAAGUUUAAAAACUUUCAUUUUUUGUGACCAGACCAAUCAAUUUUAAAUUUAAAUAAUCUUUUGUAAGACAGGUUUUUCAAAUUUUUCAUUCAGAAUAAUAAACGUAGAUAUUUAACCCUUUAACUCCCAGAAGUGAUAAACAUGAAACUUUUCCCUAUAAUACCUAUACAUUAUCCAGCAAAGGGCAAAUGAGAAUACCCAAACUUAUCAAGUAGAAGUUCUUAUCUUGAUCUAAUACCAAAUUUGCCUAACUUGUUUGCUAGGAAUUGCCAGGAGGGGAGAAUUAACAAUCAGAUCUUGGGAGUUAAAGGGUUUAGGAAUGUGAUAGCAUAUAGUUCUAUCAUUGAGUGCAAUCACUUCAAUCUUAUUUGCAAAUGAAGUGGCUUAGCCAGCCAGUUUGGAAUUAUGGGAGGUAUCCUUUGAUUUGCAAAGAAGAUGUUGAGCCCUAAAUCGUAGAAGUUGUCUGAAGUCUUUUCAUUUGCGUAGUCUAAAAUAAGCAAGCUUUGCUUUUUUUCAGUUCAGUGGCUCAAUAACAGACUUCAAGACAACUUGUCAGCCUUCAUCACUUUACAAAUUGACUGCCUUUACCAUUCCUGCUCCUGUCAAAUAUCUUCUAGGAUUUGUAAGUUUUAAUUCUUGAUAACCUUGGAAACAGAUUUUCUCAGUUUCUCUGUUCAGUGAAAUGUUUCACUCCUUGGUGUUCUCCAAAGUGAGGUCAGCUGAACAGCUUAUUAAAGGAGAAUUACAUGUAUGUGGCAGGAACUGUCUCAUUCUUAUCUUUGCCAUUAAGAAUUUUAUAUACAGGAAUGUUACCACUUACAUGUACCAUGUACUGUAUGUAUGAUUCCAAAGAGUAACCUUGAUGUUAAAAAGUUGUCUUCAAAUGUGCUGGAAAAAUUUAAUUUCUGAUGCUGCUGUUUGGAUGCAACUCGGUUGCUUUAGUUGGAGGUGGACUUGCAUUAGGAUGACAAAAUUCUAUCCUCUGCAUAGCUCAUCAUAUACUCAGCUUAUUGUUACAGUUAUGUUUAAAUAUCACCUAUUGGUUUCAGGGUGGUUUGACACAAGAUGAAGUGUGGCUAUAUCCAAUGCAGUUCCACUCCAUUGUUUUGUCACUCUUCAGUUCAUUGAUCGCACCAUUUGGUGGUUUCUUUGCCAGUGGAUUCAAGAGGGCCUUUAAAGUCAAGGUAUACAGAGAGUCCACCUUCUUUUGUAUUGAUAAUGUCUACAGGUAUUGGAAUGCAAAUUUGCAUUCAGUUACAUGUGAUUUGAUUUUCAUUUAUGCUGCCACCCAUCAUGCACUGCUUUGAAUUGUUAAAAUCUAUGAUCCUGUGACUCACCAGAAAGAACUAAGAAAGCACUCUCCUGUUGGUGGUUUGGUUACAUGUCAGUUAUCCAUCUUAUUGUCCAAGAUUGUGUUUGUGAAUUUUUAGCAGGGAGCCAGUGAACACUGCAUGUCACUUGGCAGGAUUACACUGAUUACUUCAGUCAUCUGUUGAAGAAGCAGCUAGGGAUAUAAAUUUCAGAUCAACUUUCAAAAAGUGCUUGUGGAGACAAUUUGAUUUUCAGUUACACUGCCCCAUAAAGAAAUGUCUGAAGUGAUGAAAGUUACAUUUGUAAGAUAUGGUGUGUGUGUGUUUUUUUCUUUUUUGGUUUGUUUUGUUUUAAUUUUGUUUUGUUCUUCAGGACUUUGGUGAUACCAUUCCUGGACAUGGAGGUCUAGUAGAUCGCUUUGACUGUCAGUUCCUGAUGGCAACUUUUGUUUAUGUUUACCAUUCCACAUUUAUAAGGUAUGGUGGAUAAACUGCUUGGUCACUGGAAGUAUUCUUUGGUUGAAAUUCUUUCCACCAGAUUUAUGUGAAUGAAAGGCACACUGAUGUCAGAUUGCACAACAACACAAUCACUUUUCUUAACUUGGGGCUGGGUUGUUCAAAACUGGGUUAAGAUAAUCCAGUGUCAGUAUGAAAUCUGAUCUCAGAUCUGAAAGCUUUAAAAGAGAAUUCAGUUUAAUUCUUUUUGUCUAGAAUUUGAUUAUUGGAUGUUUCAAAAAUUGUAGAGAAAAUUAUUCUGUAAAGGCUUUUGCUUAAAGUGAUAAAGAAACCUGGACUGAGACUCCACCUUGGGUUAGGGCUAAUCAACCUUUGAACAACUGGACCUUGAUGGUCAAGUAGUGACUUGUGACAGUGUAAGCUUUGAAAGGGAACUUUACAAACUUAACAUUAUCUUGAAAUUGCUUAAGCAACUAUGUGAUUUUCUGUAUACAGGGCACCUCAACCACACAAAGUGUUGCAACAAGUCUUAUCUCUGAAGCCAGAACACCAACUGAACAUCUACAAAGAGCUUAAGUCUAGCUUGCUUAGAAGAGGCAUUCUAUAGUGGAUUCAACAGUGCUGCCACAACCAUCCCAUAUUUAUCUUGUAAAUCACUGGGUAAUAAUGUUAACUUAAGCAUCAGGAUUAUGAUAACUGUACAUGUCAAUUAUAUAGGCUAUGGGUAUCCUUGUAUAACAGAUAUCCUUGUAUAAUAGAUAUAUUACUGAUUGUAUUUUAAGGUUUUUGCUUUUCACAAUUAUGUUUUGAAUGUAAGUACAAGCAUUUGAAUUAUGUUGUGUAAAAUGAAAAGAAGAAAUAAGGUGAGAUAUGAGUUCCUGUCUGUGAAGCUCAUACAGGUUGACAGGCACAGAACAAGCACUUUGGUUCAUCAGAUGUCAUGAUGUGAUGUCUUGUGAAUUACCAUACAAACAGAGUUUCAUUAUGUUGUGCUCAGCUGUUUUGAUGUAACAAAACUCAAAUCAGUGGGAGCACAGAUAUAAGCAAGGAAAAGAAAUUGUGCUUGCUCAUUUACUUAUCCUUAAACUUGUAUCUUAGCUUAACUCUUUCAAUCCCAUGAGUGACCAAGACAGCAUUUCUCCCUACAAUAAGAAUACAAUAUGAAGCAUACAAAUGAUGGGAAUGAAGAAAAAAAAUCAAUUAGAUUAUUAGUUAAUCUGAUACCAAAUUCUCUGAAGUAACAUCACAUGCAUUGUAUGACAGAUAGUAAGGACAACUCCAGAUGAGAUCCCAAGAGUCAAAGGGUGAAAUGUGAGCUAGCUCUAAGCUGUUAUGUUUGCUCUUAGUUCUCCACUAGUUACUAACACCAGCUUUUGAAAGCAGGCUUCAGGGUCCAUUGAUCCAGUUAAAUGUUGAAGUCUGUUACAUGAUGAAAGGAAAACAUCCCCAUUCAUAGAUAAAGGAGGAAAGUAACAUUAAUACACUUGUUCAUACAUAUUAAAAUAUAUAUAUUUUAGCUUUUUAACUUUGUUUUAAAUUAUGUGUGGAGGGAUUAAUUGUUGAUUUUGGAAAGAUGUUAUAUGCAUACUGUAUCUCAAAAUAAUAAAAUUGAUAAAACUUAAACAUGUCUAGAUCAAUAGAAACUAUUACUGUAAUUUUGAUGGUUCUAUCUUGUGUUUUAAAUAUUCUGAACAUUACUGUGAUAUGAAAAACAGCUUUUUUUUUAAGGGUAUUACAUUUAGUUAUGUUACCCUUUUAAGCCUCAAAAAAGUGUCAUCUGGUGAGGAGAAACAAAAAGAUAUGAAAGAGAUGAGAUAGAUAAAUAUCUAAGAAGUUGUGGAUGGCGGAGGUUGGGAAGUCUUAAUUAACAUGUGUCUUGAACAAAGUUGAAAUAUCGCAGCAAAAUUAUGUGGCUUCUUUGAACAACAGUAAGAUUUAUUUUAUUUAGCCGCUGAUUUGUACAAUCUAUUUUAAUAACCAUCUUUACCUAUCAAAUGAUGUUCAUUUAGUGUAAUAUAAAAACCUGAUGUGCAAUAUUUUAAGAAUAUCUAGUGUUCUUAUUAAUGAC